UUGAGCUGAUUCUCCCCUCUUAUGCUGACGCGGCCAAGUUGAUCCAUGCCAUGGUCACUACCUUAGUUACCUGAUCGGUUCUGGAACUGUCACCGCUGCAACUGACUUUUGCGAAGAGAUACAUCGAAGAUGGCUUCUCAAGGCGGAAAGCCCAUUGCCACGACGAACGAGGUGAUUGAGAGCGCCGUGAUCCGCGCCCCGCUCUCGCACAUCUGGCACUUCAUCAAGCUGCCUGACUUCGACAAGUUUUGGCCCGCCAUUGCCAAGGCCGAGCACGUCCGUGGCGUCAGCAGCGAGACGGACGUGGUGCGGUGGACCUUCAAGGACGGAAGCGUCGUCGAGGUCAAGCAGGACGAGCACAGCAACCUCGAGCACUUCAUCACGUACAGCGUCAUCAGCGCGGAGCCCGAGCUGUCGUACUCGAGCGUCGUGAGCACCAUCCGCUGCUGGCCGGUCACAUCGGGCGAGUUUGAGGACAACACCUUUGUCCGCUGGACAUCCAAGUUUUCGAGCGAUGCCGACCUGGGCGUGCUCGAGGAUGCCAAGUACAAGCGCCGCGAUGCAUUGGAGGGCUUGGCGGCGGCUGCUGCCCAGAUGGUGAAGGAGCACCAAAAGUAGAGGGCAGAGAGGUCUGUUUGCAUCCACAGGGGAAUGGUUCUGUAACGAGGUCAGGCCCCCGCGGCGACCAGCUUGGACCAGAAUGGCGAGGAGAUAUUAAGCCUGGGACGGGCUGCAGCAGCAUCCAGGCCAAGGGAGGUUGAAAGGAACCGCAGAAACAGUGAGCAAGCUAAUUCAGGGUUUAUGAUAUUGUCGUUCUCUCGGAAUGCACCAGGCUGAUGCCUAAAAGCUCGUGCCUACUUGGGAGCAUUGAGGUCGCUUCUUUCUUUG